CCAGAAACAUUCGAUCAAUUUCCUUGUCAAGCUUCUGACAGCGAAUUCCAACCGAGUAAACUAAAAAUCCUCCCACCAUCGUACGCUCCACAUCACAACCACAAAUUAUGUCGAGACAUGAAGGUGUGAGUUGUGACGUGUGUGGUAAGGGCAAUUUUCGAGGCAAGAGGUACAAGUGUUUGGUGUGCUAUGAUUAUGAUCUCUGUGCUGCUUGUUAUGAUGGUGGAGCGACGACCAAUCGACACUCACUGGAGCACCCGGUGCAGUGCAUACUGACGCGGUCUGAAUAUGAAUUGUAUUACGGCGGCGAGGCUGUAUCGUUUGAACAUGCCAUGUCGUACACGUGUCCCUACUGUGGCAGCAUGGGAUUCAGCGAGAGUCAGCUGCAAGACCACGUCAACGUUGAACAUGCAGAUUCGAGUAUAGAAGUUAUUUGUCCGGUGUGUGCUGCAUUGCCUCAUGGGGAUCCAAAUCAUCUCACUGAGGACUUUCCGGCUCAUCUGGCUUUAGAACAUAGAGCAGGUCGAGACUUGGAUGAUCCAUCUAUUCGUCACAUGAGACAUAUGCUUCAUCCUGGUCGCUGGUAUGUGUAUAUGCAUAUAUAG